AUUUAAAGAAGAAGCAAAUAAAAAAAUUCUCCGGAUUCCUCUGGCAAAGUUCCGACGUGCUGUCUUCUCCCUCUCUUCUACACUCUCCAACUGUACACGUUGCAAAACUUGACCUGUCCCUUUCCUUUGCGUUGGUCAAAAACCCAUCACCUAACUGUUUUGGUGAGUGCUGGAGUGAAGGCACACCACACAGUGUGAUUUUCUUCACAUUUUGUUUGCAAUUGGAACUCGGUUUUCACACUUUCAGCUCCUAUAUUUCCUACUUCUCUCUCCUCACUACCCAGAAACGGCUUCAAAAGGAUCACCAGGUUCGUUUCUGCGUUUUUCCUUGUAUACCGAUUACUCAUUUUGUUAUCUUAACUGCUUAAAGGAGGCAACUUGGUUUCUUGGAACUGGUUUUUGGGAGCUUUUUUUUUGGAGAAGGGUUAAUUGGUGGAGCCAUGGAAAAAACCGCCUUCACUUACCCGUGUUUACUUCCUUGUUGUUUUACAUUUGUUUGUUGAAAAUUUCUCAACUUUUGAUGUUUUUAAGGAUUGGGUCGGGUUUGAUUUAGAGGGUUAGUUUGGAUUUUAAUACAAUGUGAGUAUUGGUGAAGAUUAAGCAAAAAUUGUGGAGUUUUACUUUUUCGUUUAAUUUUUUGUCUUCUGAGGUUGUAGGAUUGUCUCCGAGUAGUUUAUUUUAUAUGCAGCUGAUUUUCUUAAAGCACUAUAUGUAUGCUGAUAUAUACUAUUUCAGACAACUAUGCUUUUUAAGAUAAUUAGCUUUCGGUAUCUUAUUAGUUGUUAGUGAAGAGGCUGUCUCCUUCUUUAUCUGUCUUCUUAACUUCGGUUGUUGUCAUUGUAUGUUUUGUUAAGAGCUUUUAGUUUUCACUAUCUUGGUCUAAAAGGGGGUACUGAUUCUGGUUUUGAUCUAUUUCUUUUUCUUGGGCAACACUUUUUUUUACCCUCUUCACUGUCGCAACUUGAAUUUGAAUUAACUAACAAUUUUUUUUUUUUAUUUUUAUAAUUUGUGCUUUUAUGAAUAAGGUGGUCCUUCUUCCUUUACUUUCAUUCAUGGGGAAGAUCACAACUUCUGCAACCCCCCAGCCUGUAUCUCAACAAGCUUCCAAUUAUGAUGAGGUUUUUAUGCAGCAAAGCUUGCUCUUUGAUGAUAGUCUGAAGGAUUUGAAAAAUCUGAGAACACAAUUAUAUUCAGCGGCCGAAUAUUUUGAACUCUCGUACAACAAUGAUGACCAAAAACAAAUAGUUGUAGAAACAUUGAAGGAUUAUGCUAUCAAAGCUCUUGUAAAUACAGUGGACCAUUUAGGUUCUGUGACCUAUAAAGUAAGUGACUUGUUAGAUGAGAAGGUUGUUGAAGUUUCUAUAGCAGAGCUACGAGUUUCUUGUAUUGAACAGAGAAUAAAGACAUGCCAAGAGUAUAUGGAUCAUGAGGGGCGUACCCAACAGUCAUUGGUGAUCAGUACUCCAAAAUAUCAUAAGCGGUAUAUCUUGCCAGUUGGGGAGACCAUGCAUGGUGCCAACCGCACAAAGUCAAAAUAUGUUGGUUGCAACCUAGAUGACGAAGAUGACUGGCCUCACUUUAGGAAUGCUGUUCGAGCUACAAUUAGAGAAACGCCAACAUCUAUGCCAAGAAGAGGGCGUUCCCCAUCACCUUCUUUACAACCUCAGAGACCUGGAGCUUUUUCAUUCACUUCAACCAUGCCUAAAAAGGAUUUAGAGAGGCGAUCAGUUUCACCUUACCGGUUCCCACUUUUACGCACUGGAUCUCGGGCAAGUAGGUCUACAACACCUAAGACGAGCAGACCAACCACUCCGAAUCCAAGUAGACCAAUCACGCCGAAUCUUUCUAAUGCAAGACAAAGGUACCCUUCUGAACCGCGUAAAUCAUCUUCAAUGCGACUAUCUGCUGAGAGAGACAACGGCAAGGACGUAGAACAAUACCCCAGUAAAAGUAAACGUCUCUUGAAGGCCUUACUAAGCAGGCGCAAGUCAAAGAAGGAUGACAUGCUAUACACAUACUUGGACGAAUACUGAUACAGUAGAACCUGUAGAAAGCAAGGGAAAGAUGUCAUAGAAUCUUGGAAACAAGUAAAUUUUGCUUGCUAGUUUGAUAGGUUGCACUUCUUUGUCAUUUAAAAUGAACAUUUAUACGGUAAUUUUCCUUGUUCCGUAUUUCGAUUAAUGUAAGCAACAAAAUUAUUUUGUGUGAUAGUGUUAUAGUUCAAGCUUUAUUUUUAACGAUGGAUCAAGCUGUUAUAUAAUCAAGUAAAUUUGG